AUGGAGGGAAACAGCGCUGAAGAUAUUGAGUCUCUCAUGGAGGACAUGGACUACAUCCCCGGCCACUUCCACCUGGAGCUCAACCUGAACUGUGAUCCUGUGGGGCCUGUGAAGCUGAGACUCAGGGACACUUACCUGAAACAGGAGAGUUUAAGAGGAGAGCUGGAAGCCGAGGCUGGAUGUCUCCAGUACGCUGUUAGAAAUCUGCUGGGUCUGCUGGCCUUUCACCUGGAGCAGCUGGACACAGCAGAGGAAAUAUUCAGGUGAGGAGACGCUGUCAUUUCAACGCCGGUUUAUUCCAAGAGGAUACAACUGGAGUCUGUUUUUAUUCCUGUUUUAUGAUCUUAGUUAGGAAAGUAUCCUCAUGAUAAUGUUUCACUCUACUAUAGGAGCACCACCCAGUGUGACAUGUGUCAUUAUUCACGUUCGUAGAGAGCUUUGACUAAUUAUCAGCAGGAAGGGGAACGCCAACAUGAAAAAAGACCUUUAAUCAUUUACAGUGAGAGCAAACAAAGUAAAAAACUAUUCAGAUUCUGUCAAAAGUUUAGAGUAAUUAUGGAUUUACUAUGUAGCGUGACAAACAUAUGGUUUAAACAAUAAGCUUUGUAAUAAACGGCCUGUCUGGGCUCAUUAAUAUAAUUUAACACAAAAAGAUAAUACAAAUGAUCUGACAAGUCAACAACACCUAUGAGAUUAAAACAGUGUGUAAUUUUUUGAGUGUAGUCUUCAGAUAAUUAUUGUAAUUGUUACAACUCAGACACGAAGUAGGUUCAGCCAAUAGCUACACUACAUUAUUAUUCUUUUUUCUUUUAUUUUUUUAAUGUAUUUUUCCUCCUGUUCCACAUUUUGUAAAAACCUGUUAGAAAUGCAUGGCUAAAUCUUAGUUUUAUCCAACUAAAGAUUUAAGUUGUAGGAUGUUUUUGUUUAAUUAAAUUUUGUCCUUUGUUGCUGUGAUGAUUAAAAUUCGAUCUGACAUGAGUGACUUAAAUUUAUUUAAUGCUACAAUAAAUACAAGAUACGAUACAAAACAAUCCAGAAACAGUUCAAUGCAACACAGGCAUGGUAAAAUACAGUACAAUAUGAUUCUCAGUUAGUUAUAAUAACAUAUUCUGUUAUGUUUGCAUCCGUAAAUAUGUCAAAGUAAUUAAAGCUCCUGUGAGGAACUUUGGGUCUUUAUUAAUUUUGGCGCCCCCUGAGGACAAAGCUGUCUUUGCUUAUCUUGUUCUCUUCAUGCUCAGUGUAUUCAGACAAAAAAAUCUCAUUAUUCUGGCUUCUGGCUGUAAAAUUCAUCAUUAAUUGUGAGUAUUUUAUGUGAAAAAUGUAAAAACAAAGCUGUUUUGUAGUUGUAAGGCUCACACCUGCCCCCAGGCAAAAAAAAAAAAUUACAAUCAAUCUAGUCACCGAUGGUCAUGUUUGUUUUUGUACAUCAUGGAAAGGCAUCAGUGUGAGUUUCAGUCUAUUUCAUUAAUGUCAAAAAACUUCCUACAGGAGCUUUAACAGAAUUGGUUUGGAUGCUUGGAUGUCUAAUCCUCCUGUCUCUGCGUAUGUUGACCUUUCAGGAGCAUUUGUAAGGAAGACCCCGGUAACCUCAACGCCUGGGCCAACCUGGGCUACGUCUAUGACAAGCUGAAGAGAGAGGUCGAUGCGGGGGAGUGCGUGGAGAAAGUGUCCCAGCUCAUGGGGUUAGAUGCUGGUGAGGCCUCUCAGGAGGAGACCCGGGUCCUGGCGGCUCGCUGUUUGGCUGAGCAGGCUUACGUGUAUCCUUAUGAUGUGGAGCUGGACAAUGAGGAGGACCUGCGGGAGAGACUGACAGCUGCACUGAUGCUCUAUAACCGAGCUCUGGACUACGGGGGGAACCUGGUGAGAUGGAAAAUGUGUAAACUCAGAUGUAUUGUUUUGUUUUCUUGGGUUAUAACUCAACAAUGCUGCUGUACAUUUUGCUGUUUUUCAGAUACCGAUAGAGGAAAAACGGAGCUGGUAUUUUAAAAUGGCAACUAUUUACAUAAGGUACUACAUUUUGAUCAAAAGAUAACCUCUGCACCACUUAAUAUGUAGGUAUGAGUUUGUACAAAUGUGUUCCCUUCCUGCAGACUUGACGACAUCGUAAAGACCAAAGAGGACUCUGAAUAUUCAAGACUCUCUCACUUCAAUAAAGGACUGAAACUCCUAAAAGAAACACUGCAGUCAGAGAAAACACAAAACAAAGGUAAACACAGUCUGUUUUAUCUCCUCUGUGAGAGGCUUUUUGUCGAUGUUUGAUUUAUGUAUCACAAUCUUCGAGAGCCAACUGUACAAAUAUUUUAAUGUAAAGUUAAGCCUGAUAUUUGACUUGGGAUUUUACAACUGAGUGGCUGUUGAUCUUCAGUCAGAAUCAAAAACCUCCAUGAGAAAACUCUUGGAUAUAAUCUGUUGUAAAACCAGAUUCUUGCGUCUCCUCUCAGCUCUAGCCUGGUGUUACGUCGGCCUCAUGCUGGAGAGGAAGGAGGAGUUCAGCACCGUGCCCAUGUCCAUACAUGACUGUGGUUACUCUGCCUCUGAUCCUCUGUCCUGCUACGGAACUGUGAGUUCACCCACACAUUUACAUCCUUCACCAAAUAUCGAGUCAGCUCAUACAACAGAGUCUACUGACACAGACCUUAUGUUGUGUUAUGAAACAAGAAUAAUUGGACAGAAUGUACGUCGAGUCAAAAUCUAGAGUUUUUAAAGUCAAGCUGGCUCCAAUCAGACAUGACUACAUAUUCAUGGUGACUUGCUGCUCAUUUAAUCUUCUCAGUGAAAAGUUUUUUUGCAGAGACUGUGAUUUAAACUUGCUUUAAGACGGUUAAACCUUUAAUUGAUGAGUGCAUCUUCUCCAUGAAAGCUGUAGAGUCUCAGCUCAGGGGGUGUAAGGUGUGGCUCAAGUAAAACAGCACUUUAUUUAGCAUAAAAAGUGACAUUUUUAAAAAUGUUUUCACCAUAACAGACGGUUUAAUUCUGUGUUCUAAAGGCGAUUAACCAAGCCAGUGAUGAUGCAUGCACCCUAAAUCUUCUGGCAAAGGUCUUCUUCCUGCUGGGUAAGCAUGAGAUGGCCACAGGGAUCUGCAACAUGGCCCUAAAUGUGCUUCCAGACCCAGAACUCAACUGGCAGGCCUACUGCACACGAGCAAAGGUACAAAGCAGAAGUAGAUCAAGUCCAUGUUCAAAAGAAACUAAUGAAACUCUAUUAUCAUUCAAACUCAAAGGUACAUCUUUUAGCAUUGCUGGUCUUGUCUUGUACAUACUGAUAUUGUCUCAAAAUGAUUUUUAAACAAACAUUGAGAAUAUUUAAGUGUUAGGAAUAGACUGUAAAGAAAAGCUGAUUCUAGAAGUCAGUCCUGUUGUGGAGGGUCUUGAUUGCUUUUGCAGGUAAUCAAGAGGCAUCAGUUUUAAUUUCAGCCUGAUUCACAACCAGUUGAAAACUCCUGACAUGAGCUUUAAGUGUUUACACCAAUUAAAACUGGUGUCAGAAUUCUCCAACUUGUGCACCAGUUCUUUGAUAUAUUUGUGAAUGAUACAUCAGAUGUUUAAGUCAAAGAUUUUUACAAGUAGAAGACACAUUUUAACUCAACAACAAAACUGACUGAUUGUUAUUUAAACUUUUCUAAAUGACACAUUUGACAUAAAUGAAUUCCUGUUUUUCUUCAGAUCAGUAUGAUGCUCUACAUCAGGGACCUGGAGAUUGCAAAACAGGGUGAUGGUGGAAUCCCAGACCGUCAGAAGCUCACAGAGGCCAGAAAAGACUUGGACAAGGUCCUGUCUGUACGCCCGUGUCUGCGGACUCACCUUGAGAUGGCACAGGUAAAUACAACAGAUUAGAACAGAGAGGCAUUUUCAACAGCCACAGGGUUUUAAUGUUCCUCCCUUCCUCUCUUUAGGUUUACUACUACAUGGGUGUGGAUGCCCUCCAGGAGAGUCUCCUUGUGGAUGAAGGCGCGGUGAACUGUGCCCUCGUGAGUCUGUCUCAUGCUCUGCAGUUUGAGCUGAGCGACAGCCUGCCCGACCUUCACAUACUUCGAGGACGCUGCCUCCUGCUGAAGGGCGAGGAGCAGAACGCCGCAGACUGCUUCAAACAAGCCAUGGAACUGGAGAGACCCGGGACCACGGACACCACGGCUCUUCGCUGCCUCCUGCAGGCCCUCCUCACUCUGUUCAUGCAGGGAGGCCCCGACCCCACCCAGGCCACCACACAGCUGGAGCAGUGGGUGAAACUGGCGGAGGAGAGGUACCCUCCAGAUGUUGUGAAGGCUGAGCUGAAGUGUCUGUACAGGACUCACACAGCAGAGGUGACAGAGUUAUCAAGGACUCUGAUCCGGACUGGUAGACUGAACUUGGUGAGGAGGCUGCUGGACACUGUGGUGCCCAAACAGCUGGUUAAUAAGAGGAAACCACUAUUAAAGUCUGCCUCAUUUACAUGA